AUGCUGCGUGUACCGAGGAUCUUUGGUAAGGUCGCUGUAGGCGCUACCGUUGGUGGUGCAGCCUACAUUUUCACCAGCAGCACUGCGUAUGCAAGUGACCAGUUGCAUUCUGCGGCCUAUCCAUGGUCACACAGUGGCUUCAUGGCGGCUUACGAUGCUGCAAGUAUCCGUCGUGGACACCAGGUGUAUCAGCAGGUGUGUGCAGCUUGUCACGGGCUCAAAAGAAUUGCCUAUCGUAACUUGGUUGGAGUGUGCUAUACAGAGGAUGAAGCCAAAGAGAUGGCUGCAGAGAAGGAAUAUACGGACGGUCCAGAUGACACGGGAGCUUACUUUGAACGACCUGGGAAGCUCUCCGAUUACAUUCAGAGUCCGUACAAGAACGAGAAUGAGGCGCGUUAUGCCAACAACGGCGGCCUUCCUCCAGAUCUUUCUCUCAUCACCAAGGCGCGCCAUGGUGGGGCCGAUUACAUUUUCGCUUUGCUGACUGGAUAUCGUGACCCACCGGCUGGCGUGGUCAUUGCGGAAGGACAGCACUGGAAUCCGUACUUCCCUGGCGGCAGAAUUCAAAUGCCACCGCCUAUCUAUGAUGGCGGCGUAGAAUAUGAAGACGGGACAGAAGCAACUGCAUCUCAGAUGGCUAAAGAUGUGACCACCUUUCUUGCAUGGGCAGCUGAACCAGAAGCUGACGAAAGGAAGAAGAUGGGUCUCAAAUUCAUUGCAGGUUUGGCCUUGUGCGGCGCUGCAGCAGGCUGGUACAAGCGUUUCCUCUGGUCAAUUUACAAAUCGAGACGAAUCUCGUUCCAUUAGCUAACGAUGAAUCUUUGCUGUUUUGUGGAGCCGUGGAGCCUGUCCGUUUAAUGUGUUCAAGCAUUAAAAGAGUACCAAACAUGGUC